CAGAUUUAUAUAUAUAGCUGAGAAUUGCAAUCAUUAUAAUCCAAUAACCAACCCCUUCAAAAGAAAAGAAAAAGCACAAAACCACAAACAAUAUCAAAUGGCUGGUCCUUCAGAACCAUUGUUGUUGUCUCAUCAUAUCGACUCCGAUGAUUCCAACGUCGACCACAAAACCAGACCAGAAGCUUUAACUUUCGACAACAUUGUCGAACAAAGUCUAUCAGAUUUUGGGUUCUGGCAACUCUUCCAGGUAUUCCUCGUUGGACUCUCUUACUUCUUCGAUGCUCAGCAGGUAUUCAUCACCGUUUACACAGACGCAUACCCCACGUGGCACUGUGUUAACCACACAAUCUGCGAUCACUCCACUUCCGACAUCUGCAAGCUCCCAAGAUCAGCCUGGGAAUGGGACGGUGGCUCCACGGACAAAACCGUCAUUUCAGAUUUUGGACUCGAGUGCUCGAGCUCAUUACUCAGAGGUAUGCCUACCUCUGCUUUCUACAUCGGUGGAGUCGUUGGUGGAUUCGCUCUAGCUUUAGUCCCAGAUGGUUUCUUGGGCCGCAAGAAACUAAUUUUUCUCUCAACCUUUGCGACGUCAGUCACUGCAAUCUCUGUUAUCUUCUCAACCAACGUAUGGAUUUAUACAGCCCUAAAGUUUGUCAACGGGUUCUCGAAAUCACAGACAUUUUCAUAUGCGAUGGUUCUAAUCAGUGAGCGACUCUCCACAAAAUGGAGACCGAGAGCUACCAUGAUUCCGUUUACCCUUUUCGUUUUAGGGUUUAUGUCCUUGUCUGGAAUCGCUUACCUUGCUCAACACUCUUCAUGGAGAUUUCUCUAUCUAUACACAGCCGUUCCCGCAUUAAUCUACUGUAUCUUCCUCCACCUUUUCGCACUAGAAUCACCUCGGUGGCUUCACAUCCAAGGAAACGACGAAGAAGCCAUUAAAGUUCUCAAAAGCAUGUCAUCGAGGGAUAACAAACCCUACUUGGAAUCAUUAGUUUCUCAUCAGUUACCUCUGGAGCAAGAAAGCGUUGAAGAACAGCCAAGGUACUCAAUUAAGGACUUCUUCUUCCAAAAGUGGGCUUUUCGGAGGAUUGUAGUUGUUAUGAUCAUAAUGUUUGGAUUGGGAAUGUCAUACUACGGUGUUCCUUUAGCAGCUAGAGACAUAGACGUCAACCUCUACUUGAGUGAAACCCUAAACGCAGUGGUGGAGUUGCCUUCUUUUGUUAUCACUCCGAUUUUAUUGGAGAGGUUCAACAGAAGAAGCUCUGUUCUAGUGAAUACAUUACUUGGUGGAGCUUCGGGAGUGUUUUGUUUCGUUUCCAGCGUUCUGGGAAAAUCAGGGCUGGCGUUUGCGUUUGAGCUAGCGACAUUUUUCUGUGCAAGGAUCGGAUUUAACCUAAUGGCGGUUUAUAUGGUUGAAAUGUUUCCUACUUGUGUGAGAAAUUCCGCAUUGAUGAUGUUUAGACAGGCUCUUGUUGUCGGAGGAGCUUGCUGUCCGCUCAUUGCUUCCAUUGGAAGAGAUCUACCAUCAGUAUCCUUCGCCGUUUUCGGAGUUGCCAUGUCUGGUUUCGGAUUGUUCGUUUUGAUUCUACCUGAGACAAAAGGUUCUAGUCUCUGCGAUACGAUGGAAGAACAAGAAAACAGAGAUCAAACCAUAAAGACUAGCCAUUGUUGAUGAGUGUAAGAGUUUGUUUAGCUUAUAAAAUCUCUAUCUUGAUAUGUUUUCAAAUAAACCUGGUGCAUGUGUUGAUGAAAGACUAAAAAACGUGAGCUAAGUAUUGUUGUCAGGCCUGAUGUGUAAACCUAAAAGGUAUUUGAAUUCGUC